AUGGCUGCUCGAACUCCGUUCCCAAGGGCUAUCACGACUCCUUGCAUGCUGCCGCCUCACAAUCAACGGCGCCAAAAAGAAAACCGUUUUGAUUCCGGAGCCAUUGAUCGAGGCCCUCAUCUAAAGUUGAAUGAUAAGUACCAUCUCCCGUGCAGAAUGCAGAACGACCGUUCGCGCCCGAAUGCUGACAUUGCUGAAAGAAACGCAAGCAUCGAUGAAAAAGCUGCUCGACGCUGA